CUGUGCUGGCACACCGUGCCCCUGGCGGCGCAGGCGGCAGCGGGGGGGUGCCGGGGAGCAAAGCAGCUCUGGCAGCGGGAAGGGAGAGAUGCUGUAAUUGUGUUAUGCUCCCACACAGCUGCCUGGGAACGGUGCGCUCGCCCUCCGCCUCCGGGCAGGCUCCCUGCUGGCAGGGCCCCCACCGCCUCUGCCCUGGCACCCAGCUCUGCCUCCCCCAAACACCCUCGCCACCACGCUCUGCUGCCCCUCUGCUGCCAGAUUCCUGCUGUCCCAGGACUCCAGGCCUGGGCAGGGUAGGCAAAGCAGGAGACGGGCAGGCUCUGGUGUUGAGGGCCGAGGAAAUCUCAAUGCCCGGAGCUUGGCCACGCACAGGGCGCGGAGCUGGGCACGGCUGGGCUCCGGGGUGGUGCCCCGGGGUCAGUGGUGCCAGCCUGUGUGACCUUGGGCAGCUCAUCCCCCUCCAAACCUCCCUUCCCCACCUGCCCGGCUGUCACGAAGCGCGCGUCGGCGCUGUCGUAGGCACCUUGCGGUGCCGGUGAUGGAUGGGGGCUAAUAAUGGAAAAUGUGGCGUCAGCUGUCCCACUUCCCCGGGCACAUUGUCCCGCAGCUGCGGGAGCUGGGACUGGAGCAGGAAAAGACCCGCUGGCAUGGGGUAGGGUGGGGGGUCCCAAGGAAUUUUUAACUUUCCAACAGCCGGCGGCAGCGGCUCCUGUGGUACAUACAGUUGAUGUGAGAUGAAUGCGGGAGGUCUCAGCCCGGUCCUGCCUGGGGAGGAGGUGACCGGCCCCGACACCAAUGGGCUCCCCAGGGAGGGGACAAGGGCAAGCUGCGUCCUGCCUGGCACGUGCUGCCUGCAGCCCUCGCCCACCAGCACCCGCUGGCACGAGGAGGCAGGGACGGUGCUGGGGUCCCUCAAGGGCAGCUGCAGCCACGCUGGGGGCUGGUGGGUGCCAAGUGCAGCCCCUUCCCCAGCUGCACGUGGGGUCCACCGGCCCUGGGCAGCCCCCCAUUGCUGUGGGGAUGUGCUGGAUGCUUCACACAGGGCAUACGGAUGGCUCUGUGUGCGGCCAUGGGGAGCAGAGGGGCUCGGGGGGGGGGAGCAUGGGUCACUCUGAGGCUGUGGCGGGGGGGCCUGGGGGGGAGAAGCUGGAGGUUUAGGGGCAGCCUUGUCCUGAGGGAGCCCUGGGUCCCCCAGACCGUGGCACAUCUCGCUGGUGCUGACGUUUGGGGGUGGGGGUGCAGCUGCAUCUGCACAUCCCCCCUAGAGCCACACAACAGCCUGGGGGCCCUGUGUCCCCCCCCAUCUCUUUUUGGGGUGUGUGUCGUUCCCCCCCCCCCCAAGAAAGCAAGCCUGCUCCAGGCUAAAGGCUGGAUGUGCAAGCUGCAGUGGGCACCACUGUGCCCCCCCGAUUUAGGGAGGGGGGAUCCUCAUCACCCCCGCUUUUUUCCGUCAGGGGAAGGAGCCGUUUUGAGGGUACCCUACCUGGGAAGCAGGGGGGGUUGGGGUGUGUGUGCAUCCCCGCAUCCCUCAUCCCUCCCGGGAAUGCGGUGGGAGCGGCCGAGGCGGAGGCGGCCGCCCGCCAUCCCUCGUCCCCUCCUGCCGCCGUCCCUACUCCUCCUUCCUCCUUCUCCUCCUCCUCUUCUCGCUCACUGCACGCCAGGGCCGCCGUCACCGCGGGGGCCGGUACGGCGGAGGCCAGGCCUGGGCUCCAUCGUCAUCGUCAUCGUCUUGUCCCUGUGUGUGUGUCCCCGCCGACCCCGGCGAGCUCCAUGGUGCGGGAAGGCGGCAUGGCCCGUACCCCUUACAGCUCCACGCAGGACAUCCAGAUGGACGUCUUCGACAACGCCGCCCUCCAGGGCAAGUACAGCAAGCGCAAGAGCCGCUUCAAGCGCUCGGAUGGCAGCACCUCGUCCGACACCACCUCCAACAGCUUCGUCCGGCAGGGCUCGGCGGAGUCCUACACCAGCCGCCCCUCGGACUCGGAUGUGUCCCUGGAGGAGGACCGGGAGGCGCUGCGGAAGGAGGCCGAGCGCCAGGCCAUGGCGCAGCUGGAGAAAGCCAAGACGAAGCCGGUGGCGUUUGCCGUGCGGACAAACGUCGGCUACAACCCGUCCGCCAGCGACGACAUGCCGGUGCAGGGCAUGGCCAUCUGCUUCGAGCCCAAAGACUUCCUGCACAUCAAGGAGAAGUACAACAACGACUGGUGGAUCGGGCGGCUGGUGAAGGAGGGCUGCGAGGUGGGCUUCAUCCCCAGCCCCGUCAAGCUGGAGAACAUGCGGCUGCUGCAGGAGCAGAAGAUGAGGCAGAACCGCCUGAGCUCGAGCAAAUCGGGGGACAACUCCAGCUCCAGCCUGGGCGACGUGGUGACGGGGACCCGCCGGCCCACCCCCCCGGCCAGCGGUGCCCUGGACAUGCCUAGCUUUGCCUUUGACCCCGAUGAGUUAGAGGAGGAGGAGGCCAUGGAGACCCACCGCUCCCCUAAGAGUAGCGUGAGCAGUGUCACCACCCCCCCCGCCCACACCAAGCGCAUCCCCUUCUUUAGGAAGGCCGAGCAUGUGCCCCCGUACGACGUCGUGCCCUCCAUGCGGCCCAUCAUCCUGGUGGGGCCGUCGCUGAAGGGCUACGAGGUCACGGACAUGAUGCAGAAAGCGCUCUUUGACUUCUUGAAGCAUCGCUUUGACGGCAGGAUCUCCAUCACGCGGGUGACGGCCGACAUCUCCCUGGCCAAGCGCUCCGUCCUGAACAACCCCAGCAAGCACACCAUCAUCGAGCGCUCCAGCACGCGCUCCAGCCUGGCCGAGGUCCAGAGCGAGACCGAGCGCAUCUUCGAGCUGGCCCGGACGCUGCAGCUGGUGGCCUUGGAUGCCGACACCAUCAACCACCCGGCCCAGCUGACCAAGACAUCCCUGGCUCCCAUCAUCGUCUACAUCAAAAUCACCUCCCCCAAGGUGCUGCAGCGGCUGGUGAAGUCCCGGGGCAAAUCCCAAGCGAAGCACCUCAACGUACAGAUGGUGGCCUCCGACAAGCUGGCGCAGUGCCCGCCUGAGAUGUUCGACAUCGUGCUGGACGAGAACCAGCUGGAGGAGGCCUGCGAGCACCUGGCCGAGUACCUGGAGGCGUACUGGAAGGCGACGCACCCCCCCAGCAGCAACCCCCCCAACCCGCUGCUGAACCGCACCAUGGCCACGGCCGCCCUGGCCGCCAGCCCCGCGCCCGUCUCCAACCUCCAGGGUCCGUACCUAGUGCCUGGGGAGCCGCCGCGCGAGGGGGAGCACGGCCGCCUCCGGCAGGGCCCGGGCGAGGCGGGGGGCUGCGGGCAGGGCCGACCCCCCCCGCCACCCGCCCGCCCGGCCCCCCGCAGCCUGUCCCGCCAGGACACCUUCGACUCAGAGACCCCGGGCAGCCGCGAUUCGGCCGGCACGGAGCCCAGUGAUUCCUGCUGCAUGGACAUCGAGACGGACCCUGGCGAGGAGGAGCCGCCGGGUCCCCCUGGUGCCAGACCCCGCGUCCCCCCUGGCCACCAGCGCCCCGGUGCCUGGGACGGGGACGAGCCCGGGCACGAGAGCCGGGGGCUGCGGGGCCGAGCCAAGGGCCAGGACCGCUACUGCCCCGACCCACCGGAGCCCCUCGGCCUCGACCAGAGCGACGUGGAGGGCUGGGGCCAGGACGUUUACAUCCGUUAGGGUGAGGGGGUGCAGGCAGGGGAUGGGCCCCCCUCCAGCACCAGUAGUGGGGUGGGGGAGAGCCCCGCUGGUUGCCUUUGUGCCCUCCCAGAGCCCAGCCAGCCGUGCCAUGGGGAGCCCCGGUUUUGCCCCGGGGGCUCCCCCUGCCUCAUUCCUUGGUGUGGGGGGGGUCUCGCCCCCUGCCGCAGCCCCCCAGCAUCUCGCGGUGCCUCGGGCCCUCCCUGCCUGGCAGGGAGAGCAAGUGACCAAAGGGGACCCUGGGGGCUCUGCCCGCAGCCGGUGUGUCCCCGUCCCCUGCUCCGGGCACGGGGUGGGGGGCCGUGCUCCCCACCCAGCCAUGCCUGCUGGCUGCCCAACCCCCCUCCGGGUGCCCCUGCUUCUCCAUGGUGCUGUUUGCCACCCGGCUGCGGGGGGACCCCUGAGCUGGUGGUGGUAGUGGGGGGUCCCUGCCAGCUGCUCCCCACCCCCCUAGCAGCCAGUGCCUGCAGCCUGGCACCACACCCCUGCAGGGCUGUGACCCACAGCCCCUCCGGCCCCCCAGCAGCUGGGGUGGGGUUGCAUGUGUGUGCGGUGUGCGCAGGGCUUUGGGGCGCACCAGGCACUGGGGGGGUUCCCCACUGCCCCAGGCUGUGCCCCCCUGGGGUGCUCCCUGCCCGGGGAGGGGGAAUGUUUGCAUGUGUUUGCUGUGGAGAGGCUCUGCCUGAAUUUGGGGGGAUCUGAGCCAGUUUGGGGGGGGUGUCUAACACGUGCUAACAGCUGCCCAGCCCUGGCCUGUCACAGCCAUGGCAGCACCCAGAGGGUCCCUCUGCCCUAGGGGGGGCGGGGGGUGUAUCCCAUGCUGCCCCCUCCUUUCCCUGGGACUGCCAGGCAGCGCCAGGCUCCUGCCCCCCACCCCCCACCCCCGUGCCAACCCCCCUGCCGUGCCUGUGUGCUCUCACCCCAUCCAGCUGUGUCUGUCUGUCUGUCUGUGAGCCUGUCUGUCGUGUCCCCCCCAGCCCAGCCAGUCUACCUUUGCCCCCCCACCCCUGCACCCUGGGGCGCUGCCUUCUGUGCCCACCCCAGAGCACCCCUCGUCCCCCCCACCCCUGUGGGGGUGACCACACCAGGAUGGGGAGGGGACACCCCACAUCCAGCCCUCACCGUGGGGCUGGGCUCGCCUCACUUAUGGGGCAGCCCCUUGCUCCCCCCCACCCCGGGGCGAUGCUGGGGGCCCCCGGGGUCACUGCCUUACCCAGACCACCAGCCUUGCCAGCCCAGGUCGGGGGGCUCGGGGGCACCCAGCUCUGCCGCUGCCAAGCCGCCUCCGCCCAUUGUGUGCCUCAGUUUCCCCGUUUUUUGGGGUGUUGGGGGGACUCGGUGUCACCGCCUGCCAAGUGCUUUGAGACCCACCUGCCCUGGCGCUCACCCCCGUGGUGGCGGGGGUCCGGGCAGUGACCCCCCCCCUCCCGCGGGCAGAGGGACGUCCCGUAUUUAUGUCACUCCACAAACUUUUAUUUAAAAAGACCCGACAAAGUGUAUUUUAUUUAUUUAUUCUCAUUGGUGUGUGGGGGGACUCGCCCCGCUCGCUUCGUUCUUUGUAAUAAACAUUUCGGUGAGACCUGC